AUGAAACGCGGCCGACCCAUGACUAGCUACUAUGAAUUGCUCGGCGUCGAUAAGAAAGCAGACGACGCGGCGCUGAAGAAGGCGUACCGCAAGGCGGCCGUGAAGUGGCACCCCGACAAGCACGCGUCGAAGCCGGAGGCGGAGCAGAAGAAGGCCGAGGAGAAAUUCAAGGAGAUCGCGGAGGCCUACGACGUGCUGAGCGAUCCGCAGAAGCGCCAGAUCUACGACGUCUACGGCGUCGAGGGCCUCAAGGGCGGGUCCGGGCCGGCCGACGAGGCCUACGCCGAGGCGGCGUCGCGGCGCGCGGGCUCGACGGCGGGCUUCGCGGGGACGGCGCCGGGCGGCGGCAUGCGCUACGAGUUCCGCGGCGACCCGUCCGAGAUGUUCGCGCAGUUCUUCGGCGCGGGCUUUGCGCGGCAGCGGUCCGCGGGCGAGGGCGGCCUCGGCGGCAUGGGCGACCUCUUCGGCGGCGCGGGCGGCGCGCGGCGCGAGGGCCAGCGGCUCCAGCGGCCCGUCGUCCAGGUCGCGCUCGGCUGCAGCCUCGAGGACCUCUACCGCGGCUGCACGAAGAAGCUCAAGAUCACGCGCAAGAGCACGACGCUGACGCGGCCGGCGGAGAAGGUCCUCGAGGUGCCCAUCAAGCCGGGCUUCAAGGCCGGCACGAAGAUCACCUUCAGCGGCGACGGCGACGAGGUGGCGCCCGGCGUGGCCCAGGACAUCCAGGUCGUCGUCCGCGAGAAGCCGCACGACCGCUUCGUCCGCGAGGGCGCGGACCUGCACCUCAAGCACGCGAUCUCGCUCGCGGAUGCGGUUUGUGGGCUCUCGUACCUCGACGUGCGAUCGCUAGAUGCGGCGCCACGUGUGAUGUGAAGUGUGGAAAUCAACCAGUGAGGCGGGGGCUACCGCCGCACCAUCGAGCAGGCGCCGCGUCGAUGGCGUGGAGGUUAUGAUUCAGCCGUAUGAUUACACAGGUUCUGCGGGUCAACUUCAAGGGCGUCGCCAUCACGCCGGCGACGUCGAGGGUCGUCGCCGGCGAGGGCAUGCCGCGGCGCGGCGGCGGGAGGGGAGACCUCGUCAUCACCUUCGACGUGCGCUUCCCGGCCGCGCCCGUCGCGGACCCGGCGAAGCAGGCGGCGCUCCGCGGCGCGCUCGAGUGAGCGCCCGGGCUCUCCACCUCACGGCGGCGGUAUAAUAUAUAUGAUGUUAUAGUACUCCUGCGGCCUUCCGGACGGGUCGGGUGUCGCUCGGGGCGGGUCCGCGGCGCCUCCCACGCCCGGCGCGGGCGGCGAGGCCUGCGCGGAGCCCACCGCCGCGCGGGACGCCGCGCCGGCUUUUCUAGGGAAAUUCAAGUAGGCAAGUAUCGAGUAGUUACACAGGUUUCAAAGUUUGGAGGGGGCAGCACUGGCUGACUAAAGGCUAUCGAAAAGGCAGCCCAAUCAUGGCCGCGCUGCGAGCGAGCCCCGAGGCGGCAUAGCUAGCACAUGCGCGGGUGGCGCGGCGGCGCCGCGGCGCUGCUGGUGGCCGCGGUGCUGCUGCCGGCGCCGCUGCUGCUGAAGCGCCGCGCGGCCGCACCGGCCGACGAGUGGCGAGGCGCGGACGGCGAGGACGUGGACCGCGCGCUCGCGCCGCGGCGCCGGCUGGGCACUAGUGAAGAGCUGGCCCCCACUAAUCGAAGUUUGCACCCGACAGGCACCGAGUGCUCGGAGGUACAGUUCGAGCAGAAGGCCGCCAUAAACGACGUCACCGUGAGCAACUGGGAGGACUACGAGUGGUUCCAGGUCCGGGCCGCCGACAUCGACGGCGACGGCACCGACGACGUGGUGGCGGUCGAGAUUGCGGAGGUAAACGAGCUCCACUGGUACGAGACGGACGCGUCGACGGCGACGUUCACCGACCACAAGAUCAAUGAGUACGCCAACCAGGGCGGGGGCCUCGGCGUCUCCGUCGUGGAUUUGGACGACGAUGACGACGUGGACAUUCUCGUGUCGGCGGCGGAGAAGGCGGGGCUCGCCUGGUACGCGAAUGGCGGCGAUGGGUCGUCCUGGACGGAGGGCAUCAUCGUAGCUGAGAAGGUUUUUCCUGAUUAUUCAUAUUCAUAUUCAGAACCUCAUGAUAUGGAGACGGUCUUUGCGGUCGACGUGGACGACGACGGCCACGUGGACGUCGUCACCGCGAGUAGAUUCGAAGGGGCAGAGGAGAUCUUGCUGUACCGCAACGACGGUUCCCAGAACUUUGGCAGCGCGGUCGUCGUUGCUACGGCCGACACGCCGAGCGUCUACGCGACCGACGUCGACGGCGACGGAAAGGUCGACGUGAUCUACGCCGAUGCGGAAGAGAAGGUGUCUUAUUACGCUCAGGGUACCGAUUACACGAUUUGGGGCUCGGAAAUCAACAUCGACAACGGCCGCAAAGAGGCGAUGUGGGUCGUCGCCGCGGACCUCGACGGCGACGACGACGUGGACGUGCUCUGCGCCGAUCCACAAAAAAAAAGAAAGGAAAUCGUCGUGUACGAGAACGUGGCCGGCGACGGCAGCACGUGGGACGAUAAGAAGUACGCCACGGGGAAGGUGUCGUCGGUGGAGUUGUUCGACGUCGACGGCGACGGGGACCUGGACUUCGUCGGGGCCGUCGAAGAGGAAAUGGUCUGGUGGGAAAGGGCUGGCGGUGCUCUCAGCGACGGUGAAGGCGACGGCAAAGCCUUCAAGAAAGACGGUUUCACGGUGGACAACGACGCCGAUGAGGUCAUCACGACCAUCACCGCGCUCGACAUCGACGCGGACGGCGACCUCGACGUCGUCGCGGCCGAGACCAAUAAGCUCACCUGGUACGAGAACGACUGCACCAUCGCGCCCACGCCUGCACCAUCAGCGACCCCCACGAUCUCGUUAGAGCCGACGGUCUCGUUCCAGCCGACGCCGGGUCCCACCAUCACGUUCAAACCGACGCAUCUGCCGACGGAGCGGCCGACCAUGAAGCAGUUCCACUGCGCGGAGAACGCGUUCGACGUGACGCACAAAGUCGACGAGCCAUUGCCUAGCGGCUGUAUGUCGGACAGUUCGUGUACCUACGACGGAGCCAAGACGAACAUGGCGAUAUUUGCCAUCGACAUGGACGGCGACUAUGACGUGGACUUUUUGGCCACGAACGCGGGCAAUGACGCGGUGGCGUGGUAUACCAACGAUGGCUACGAGGAUUUCACAAAGGUUACGAUUACGGAUACAAGCCAGGGAUCUUACAAGGUCAACGGGGCAGAGGACGUGUUCGCGAUCGACGUCGACGGCGACGGCGAAGUCGACGUGCUCUCGGCGUCUUCUAGCGACCAUAAGAUCGCCUGGUGACGAAUGUGCAGAACUCAAUUUUUCCGGUCCCUUCAUCGACGUCUCGAUUGCAUCGAGCGUCGACUCCCUGUCGACGUCUCGCGUCCGUCCGACACGUCGCACCGGCCAACUUCCGUGCAGGUACGAGAACUACGGGAACGCCGGAUGCUCCAACAACGGCGCCUCGUGCUCAGAGGACUCUGACUGUUCUACUGGAAACACGUGCGUACUUGCCAGCUUCGAGGACGGGACCGGGCUCCCGUCGACGAGAGUGAUUACGACGAGCGCCAAUACGGCGAAAGCGGUCGUCGCGGUCGACGUCGACGGCGACGGCCACAUCGACGUCAUCAGUGCGGCGAAGUCUGUCUCUGGCGGCGGCAACGGCAUCAGCUGGUACCGAAGCGACGGCGCGCAGCCACCGACGUUCACGGGAUACGUCAUCGACGCGGCACCGGACGACGCGUUGGCGGUGCUGGGGGUGGACAUCAACGGGGACGAGCACGUGGACGUAAUAGUUGCCGAAAAUGCAGACAACAGGAUCACGAUGUGGACUAGCAACGGGGCGGCGAACACACCGACCUUCACUGAGGCGAUAUCGCAGGCCGGGUGCUCGGGCGUCAUGGACAUCUUCGCCGUCGAUAUGGAUGGCAACGGUAUCAUGGACGUGCUCACGGCGGAGGAGACCAGUGACGCGAUCGCCUGGCACACCGGGGUGCCGGACGGCAGUGUUCGAUGUUCGACCACCAGGGGGACCACCUGUUCUGCCGACGCUGACUGCCCAACUGGGGAAACUUGUAGCAGCCCCGGAAUCGUGAUCGCCCGCACGAUCGUCACCAUGUCGGACGGCUACAGCGGCUACGUAGGUACCGGGUGCUACGUCGACGCUUGCGACUAUUCGAUUUGGGACGAGUCGGCCGGCAUGAGCGGCGCUGACAAGAUCCAGUCGGUCUGGGCCGUCGACCUGGACGGCGAUAAUACCAUAGACGCUCUCUCGGCCUCCCUCAACGACGACACGAUCGCCUGGUACCAGAACGACGGCACGUCGCAGAAGUUCAUUAAGUACCUCAUCACCGACGAAGCCAGCGGCGCGAGCUCGGUCCUCGCGAUCGACGUUGACGGUGACGGCGACAUCGACGCCGCCUCCGGGUCCACGUCCAGCGACACGAUCGAGUGGUACGAGGACGACUGCGAGACCUUCGCGCCGACGUCCGAGCCGACGGCGGUGCCGACGACCGUGCCGACGCUGGUGCCGACGGGCGUGCCGACGAAGGUCCCCACGGCGGUGCCCUCCGACGCGCCGACGCCCUCGCCCACCAUCUCGCACCCGCCGACCUUUGCGCCGUCGCCCCUGCCGUCGCCCCUGCCGUCCGUGCCGCCGACGUCGCAGCCGUCGCCCGAGCCCACGCUGGCUCCGACGCAACUGCCGUCCACCGUGCCCACGGCCGUGCCGUCGUCCACGCCGACGCCGAAGCCCACGCCCCGGCCGACGCCGAUCCCGACGCCGCAGCCGACGCGGGAGCCGACGUUCGCGCCGACGAAGCUGCCGACGUCCGUGCCCACGGCGCACCCGACGACGCCGCCGUCGCCCGCGCCGUCCGUGCCGCCGACGCCCGCGCCGUCGCGGACGCCCACGUCGCCGCCGACGGGGAGCACGCCCCCGACGCCCGUGCCGAGCCUGCUCCCGACGUCCCUCCCGACGCCGCUGCCCUCCUUCAGCUGCAAUGCCGACGAGGUCGCCCUGUCGCGGCGCUACUUCCCCUCGGGCGCGGCCUGGGGCGACCCCGACGAGGACAAGCAGUCGACGGAGCAGAGCGAGGUGCUGAUUCUGAGCGACGACUCGACGGCGAGCGGCGAGGCCGCGCGCUAUCGGCUGAAGCUGGCCGCGAGCGACGCCGCGGCAGGCGACAACUUCGGCGGCGCCAUCGGCAUCGACGGGCCGUCCGUGGCCAUCGAGGGCGACACCAUCGUAGUCGGGGCCACCCAAGCCGGCAACGGCGGCCCAGGUGUAGCCUACGUCCUACGGGCGAGCGACGGCGCCCAGCUGGCCAAACUGACGGCCGCCGACGGCGCUGCGGGCGACAAAUUCGGCCAAUCCGUGGCGAUCAGCGGCGACACCAUUGUCGUCGGGGCCGCGGGUUGCGAUCAUGGUGGGUGCGAAAAUAUUCCAGGCGCGGCCUACGUCUUCCGCACGAGCGAUGGCUGGGACACGUACACGGAGAUCAAGCUGACGGCCCCCGACGCCGCGGGAUACGACGGCUUCGGCUUCUCCGUGGCGAUCGACGGAGGCACUAUAGUCGUCGGUGCCUUCCGCAACGACGACGUUCCCAACAACUCGGGAUCGGUCUACGCCUUUCGGCUCACAAAUACCUACGAGGCGAGGACCUACAGUGCCGACUGCACCGCGCCGGGCACGUUCACCUACGAGGGCCGCACGCUCCACUGCGUCGAGCUGCCGAGCGGCGAGCUCGUCGACGUCCUCGAGGAGGAAGGAGGUACGCAGACGUGCCAGUACACGGACACGAACUCCUGCCCCGCCGGCUACGACAUCUGGGUGCCGCGGAGCUACGAGCACGCCGCGGCCGUCGUCGACGCCGUCGAGGACAAAUUCACCAACCUCCUUGGCGUGUAUCGCGAGGAGAACGGCUGUGGCGGCUGCGUCCUCGAGGCGAUGAAUUCCGACGCCUACGACGAGUGGGUGGCGGAAGGUACAAAUCGCGUCCCGUGGACGAGCGUCGCGGGGAAACCGUGGUUUGUUCGGGAGACGGCGUACUCACAGCCCUUGGCCAGCUAUAAAGCGGGCUGCUGGCUCACGACGGCCUGGGACGGGGGCUGGCAAGGGACGACGAUCGACGGUGAACGCAUCGGCUUUAACUUCGACGACUUUCCAAACCAGUGCCUCUAUUGCUUCACCGACUACCUCUGCUCCCGCAACGGCGCAGAAGCCUUCCUCGCGACCGUCGGCACGUACGACCAGGUGGUCAAGCUGACGGCCUCUGACGCCGCGGCGGGCGACAACUUCGGCCAGUCCGUGGCGAUCGCCGGCAACACCAUCGUGGUCGGAGCCACCCAAGAAAGCAACCAGGGCACGGGCUCGGCCUACGUCCUCCGCACGAACGACGGCGGCGCCACCUACGCCCAGGUGGCCAAGCUGACUGCAAGCGACGCUGCGACGAAAGACAAAUUCGGCAGGUCCGUGGCGACGGACGGCCAAAAAGUCGUGGUCGGGGCCAUGCAUAACGACGGCCCCUCAGACUCGGGCUCGGCCUACGUCUUCCUUACGACCGACGACUGGAACACGUACACGGAGAUCAAGCUGACGGCCCCCGACGCCGCGUCGGACGACCACUUCGGCAAAUCCGUGGCGAUCGACGGUGACACCGUCGUGAUCGGGCGCCCCCAAUGGUACAACGACGGUUCGGGCUCAGUCUACCUCUUCCUUACGACCGACGGCGGCGCCACGUACGCCCAGUUGGCCAAGCUGACAGCCCCCGACGCCGCGGCGAAAGAUAUGUUCGGCUGGUCCGUGGCGAUCGACGGCGAAACCGUCGUGGCCACGGCCCCCUAUGUCGACGACGCCGGCGCCAAUUCGGGCUCGGCCUACGUCUUCGCGACCCCGUACGGGUCCGUGCUGCGCGCGCACGACGGCACGACGGCGGACCGCGAGUACGACUGCAUACCCCGGGACAUCGGCUGCGUCAAGGUCAACUUCGAGUUCCCCUCGAACUUCUACAACGUUGCCGACCCGACCAAACGGGCGGGCUACGAGGUGACGGUCGCCGGCGAGAGCCUCCGCUGGGACAACGCGCACCAGGAGCCGACCGGCUUCCUCACGUUCUGCGUCUUCGACGGCCGGAUCGUGGGCGAGCCGACGCCGGCGCCGACGAUCUCCAGCCUCCCCACGCCGGUCCCGACGUCGCUGCCGACGCCGAGCCCGUCGCCGCAGCCGACCGUCUCCAAGGCGCCCACGUUCGCCCCGACGCCGGCGCCGUCGCCCUCGCCGACGAACGCGCCGACGGCCGCGCCCACGCGCGCGCCGACGGCGGCGCCGUCGGCGGCGCCGACCUACGGCAUGUACCUCGUCGCGCUCGAGAUCCGCUUCGACGUGACGUACUGCGAGGAGUGCGGCGGCUACUUCAUCACCUUCCCCGACGGCCGGCGGCGCCACGGGCGCCGCCUCGCGUCGACGACGAUCAACUCGCUGACCAUCGAGGAGAUCCUGAGCCUGCCCGAGGACCAGGUGAACUUCAACGUCGAGUGCUCCCUGAGCGGCAUCACGUCGGAGGGCUGCGUCGCCCCGUUCCCGACGCUGCUCAGCGUCACGUACCUGCCCGACGCGGACGCCUGGGCCGCCGCCGGCGCGACGGCCACGACGCUCGCGGCGGCGACGCAGGGGGGGUCCUUCUCGGGGGGCGAGGGCUGGGGCCCCGGCGACGUCGAGUACCUCGAGGGCCACCACGUGCCGGCCGCGUGCCAGGACCUGCGGGACUUCCCCGACGCCAGCGUCGACUUCCUGUUCUCGGAGCGGUCGGCCAACCCGGGCUUCCAGGAGGCCGCCUGGGACUACGGCUGCUACGCCGCGCACGUCGGCACGACCUCGGCGGCGGACUGCGCGGCCGCGGUCGCGACGGACGGGUGCUGCCAGGCCCCGACCGACAGCGGUUUCAACGACGCGGGCCAAGUCGCGUACAAGACGGCGUGGCGCGACUGCGCCGCCGGCGAGUGCAAGGCCGCGUGCUGGAGCAACGCGUGCGCCGGGGGCGACUGCUGCGAGGAGAGCCGGGCCAUCGCGCUCCAGGCCUGCGAGGAGUACCACGCGAACCUGACGGGGCUGGUCGACGUCGAGCCCACGUCGAAGACGUCGUACCAGUGCGUGGAGACGGAGCUGAACGUCGGCGCCCAGCGCAAGGGGGGGAGCUGCCGCACCACGCACUUUUCGUUCGACGACCCGGCCGCGGCGGCGAACCUGACCGUCGAGAUCAGCGCGGACGGGGGCGGCGUCACGGGGGGCACCGAGACGAGCAUCUCCCACGCGUUCACCGGCGCGGCGAGCGAGGAGGAGCACACGUGGUGCGUCGAGAACGGCGAGAUCGUCUUCCAGCCGACCUCGGCGCCGACCAUCUCCGCCGUCCCGACCGCGGCGCCGUCGCCGGCGCCGACCCCGGCGCCCACGCGCGUGCCGACGACGCCGCCGUCGUCGGCGCCGACGCUGCCGCCCACGCCCGAGCCCACGAGCCACCCCACGAUCGUGCCCACGAGCUUCCCGACGCUCGACUGCCCGGCCGACGCGCCGCUCCUGCUGACGUUCCGCUACCUGCCGCGCGCCGCGGACCCGGAGUGGCAGAAGACCAAGACCUACUUCUACGACCGGGACUUCCAGACUUGGCUGCCGGUCGGCGCGGGCGGCCGGUCGCCGGCGGCCGACUUGGAGUUCGUCUGCGUCAACAACACCAUUGGCUGCGUCACGGCCGAGUUCGUCUGGAACACGCUCGGCGGCCAGUCCGGCGGCCUGGCCUUCGAGGUGGCGACGCCCGACGUGGACGUGUCCAUCACGUUCCGGCCCAACCUCGACGACUGGAAGUUCCCCUUCUGCAUCGAGGACGGGAACCUCAUCAAGAACCCGACGGCGUCGCCCACGAUCUCGUCGAUCCCGACGGCCGUCCCGACGUCGCCGCCGUCCAUCCGGCCGACGGCGACGCCGACGCUGCCGCCGUCGCCGGCGCCGACGCACCAGCCGUCCGCCCGGCCGAGCGCGACGCCGACGACGCCGCCCAGCUCCGUGCCGACGACGCCGCCGUCCAUCCGGCCGACGGCGACGCCGACGACGCCGCCCAGCUCCGCGCCGACGACGCCGCCGUCGCACGCGCCCACGCCCGCGCCGACGCGCGCGCCCACGGCCGUCCCGACGUCGACGCCGACGUCGUACCCCUCGGUCGCCUGCCCCAGCAACCCGACCGACGGCUACUACUUCCGCACGUCGGAGCGCUUCCUGCCGGACGGCGCGAGCUGGGCGACCGUGACCACGACCGUCACGCUCGACGACGGGACGUCCACGUCGUCCUCGGGCCCGCGGCCGGACCGCGACUACGGCUGCACGGAGGAGAGCGCGGGCUGCUUUGUGGUCACGUUCGACUUCGGCGACCCGACGAUCUCGUCGUCGCUGACCUACGAGUUCAUGACCUACGUGCGGUCGGACGACCCGAACGACUACGACCUCAUCUCCACGAGCUUCCCGCCGAACCUGCAGACGGGGUCGUACACCUUCUGCGUCGAGGGCCAGGGCCUCGCGCGCGAGCCGACGCCCGCGCCCACCGUCUCCAGCGUCCCCACGAGCGUGCCCACCGUGCCGCCCUCCCGGACGCCGACGGCGGGCCCCACCGUCCCGCCCACGCCCGGCCCCACCCUGGCGCCGAGCCCGCUGCCCUCGUUCGCGCCGACGCUGCAGCCGUCGCCCGCGCCGUCGACGACGCCGACGGCGCUGCCGACGCCCGUCCCCUCGGCGGCGUGCCCCGCGCCGACGGCCGACUGGAUCCGCGUGUCGACGCGCUACUUCCCCGCGGCGGCGGACUGGGGCGGCGUGACGAUCACGCAGACGCUGCUGGACGGGACGCGGCGGCGGCUCGGCGACGGCCGGCUCCUCCAGACGGGGGGGCCGCGGCGGCUGGCGACGGCCGCGAGCUACCGGCUGAAGCUGGCCGCGAGCGACGCCGCGGCGGGCGACGAGUUCGGCCGCUCCAUGGCCAUCGAGGGCGACACCGUUGUGGUCGGAGCCUGGAAAGCUGACAACAGCGGCGGCGCCAACUCGGGCUCGGUCUACAUCCUACGAGCGAGCGACGGCGCCCCGCUGGCCAAGCUGACUGCCAAUGACGCAGCGGCGGACGACGAGUUCGGCUGCUCCGUGGCGAUAGAGGGCGACACCGUCGUGGUUGGAGCUAUCAACGCCGGUACCGGAGGUGCGGUCUACGUUUUCCGCACGACCAACGGCGGCGCCUCGUACAGUAAGAUUGCCAAACUGACGGCCGCCGACGCCGCGGCGAGCGACAAAUUUGGCAUCUCCGUGGCGAUCGACGGUGGUACGAUCGUGGUCGCGGCCUACAACGAUGGCAACAAUGGCAACAAUUGGACUGGAUCGGGCUCGGUCUACGUCUUCCGCUCGAGCGACGGCUGGAGCACGUACACGGAGAUCAAGCUAACGGCCUCCGACGCCGCGGCGAGCGACAUUUUUGGCUGGUCCAUGGCAUUCGACGGCACCACCAUCGUGGUCGGGGCCCCACACGAUGGAAACGAUGGACAGCUUGGGGGCUCGGUCUACGUUUUCCGCACGACCGAUGGCGGCGGAUCGUACAACCAGGUGGACAAGUUGACGGUGGCCGACGGCCACAACUUCGGCACCUCCGUGGCGAUCGACGGUGACACCCUCGUGGCCGGUGCCAGCUACGUUCACCACGGCGGCAUGGCCGACGCGGGCGCGGCCUACGUCUUCCGCACGAGCGACGGUGGAGCCUCGUACGACGAGGUGGCCCAGCUGACGGCCGCCGACGCCGAUGCGAACGACAACUUUGGCAUCGAAGUGGCAAUCGACGGUAGUACGAUCGUGGUCGGGGCCUGGAAAGACGACGACGGCGGCUCCGAUUCAGGCUCGGCCUACCUCUUCCGCACGACCGACGGCGGCGCCACGUACGCCCAGAUGGCCAAGCUGACGGCCCCCGAUGCCGACGCGGGCGACGUGUUCGGCUACAAUGUGGCCAUCGACGGCGCCACCGUCGUGGUCUCGGCCGAGUGGGACGGCGACGCCGGCUCCAAAUCGGGCUCGGCCUACGUCUUCGCGAUCGCCUCCGAGGUCCUGACCGACGCGACCAUCUACGACGCCGUCGACGCGUGGUUCUCGGACGCCGCGGCCGCCGAGAACACGUACGGCCACAUCUCGACGUGGGACACGUCCCAGGUCACGAACAUGGCGGAGCUGUUCUGCCCACCUGCCUUUUGUUCUCGAAGUUUCGAUUCCUCUACCUUCAACGAGGACAUAAGUGGCUGGGACGUGUCGCAGGUGACGUCCAUGAAGAACAUGUUCUAUGGGGCUGUGGCUUUUAACCAACCGCUCGGCGGCUGGGACGUGUCCCGCGUCGAGGACGCGCGGAGCAUGUUCAUGAUGGCGUCGGCGUUCGACCAGGACCUGUCGUCGUGGCGGCUCUGCUCCGUGACGUCGAUCUACCAGAUGUUUUCCUCCGCGGCCGCGUUCGACCAGGACCUGUCGACGUGGUGCUUCGAGAACGGCGUGAUGGGGCACGCGGGCGCGUUUGAUAGCACGGCGUGCGCCGGGACGACUUCCUCCUCCGCGGCCGCCGGCACGUACUGCGGCGUCACCUACGGCGGCUGCGAGGCCGCGGGCCUGGGCUGCGUCACGACGGCCAACGCCCUCGCGGACCGCGUCUUCGAGUGCUGGGCCUGCGACGCCGGCUGCUUCGCGCUGGAGUUCGCCUUCGCCGACGGCGGGGCCGGCUCGGCCGCGCUGUCCUACGAGGUCUCGGCCGGCGCCGAGACGAUCGGCACGGCCUUCAAGGGCGGCGCGGCCGUCGAGAGCUUCGCGUUCUGCAUCGACAACUGCGAGUUCGCGCGGCAGCCCACCUCCGUCCCGACGCUGUCGCUGCCGCCGACCUUCGCGCCCUCGCCGGCGCCGACGCUGCCGCCGACGGCGACGCCCACGACGCCGCCCUCGCACGCGCCCACGGCGGACCCGACGCGCGACCCGUCGGCGACGCCCACGACGCCGCCCUCGCCGUCGCCGACCUCGCGCCCGACGGCCACGCCCACGGCGCGGCCCAGCGCCCUGCCGACGUCGCGGCCGUCGCCGGCGCCGACGCCGGAGCCGACGACGGACCCGACGGCCGUGCCGACGUCGUACCCCUCCUUCGCGUGCGCCGCCGGCGAGGUCCGCCUGCGCUGGCGCUUCGACGGCGACUGGACCGGCGUGAGCGCGAACCUCUGGGCCGAGAACGACGCGGGCAUCGUCGACGUCCACCGCUCGUUCCCCUCGUUCCCGCGGACCGCCGAGUACGAGUGCUUCGACUGCAACUUCGGCUGCUUCGACUCCGAGUUCCUCUUCACGGAGACCGCCCAGGACACGUCGCACGAACUGAGCUACGUGGUCGAGCUGCACCGCGACGACGGCUCGGACAUAAUCUCGACGCCCUUCGAGGGCGGCGAGCCGUCGGAGAAGUUCCGCUUCUGCCUCGAGGACUGCUCGAUCGCGCGCCAGCCGACGCCGGCGCCGACGAUCUCGCUCCCGCCCACCUUCGCGCCGUCGCCGGCGCCGUCGUUCUCGCCGACGGCCGUGCCCACGGUCCGGCCGUCCGCGGCGCCGACGGUGCCCCCGACGCGAACGCCCACGGCCGUGCCCACCCCGAAGCCGACGGGCGCGCCCACGGUCCCGCCGACGCCCGCGCCGUCGCGGGUCCCGACCGCGACGCCGACGACGCUCCCGACGCUGCCGCCGACGCCCGUGCCCACGGUCCCGCCGACGCCCGCGCCGUCGCGGACGCCGACGGCCACGCCGACGGCGCUCCCGACGCUGCCGCCGACGCCGCAGCCGAGCGCCGCGCCGUCGCCGGCGCCGACGGCGGCGCCCGUCCCCGCGCCGACGGAGGUGCCGAGCCCCUACCCCUCCGUGGGCUGCGGCGGCGACGACCUCCUCCUGUCGCGCCAGUGGCUGCCGGGCGGCGACACCUACGGCGGCAUCGUCACGACCUCCAAGGACCCGGCCAGCGGCGCGGAGCGCCUCCCGCCGGCCAGCGGCACGCGCCCCGACCGCCAGUACUACUGCGUGAACAAAGACGUCGGCUGCUUCGACGUCAAGUUCACCUUCUCCGAGCCCGAGCUCGAGCCCUACCACAGCUUCAACAUCGAGCUCGAGGGCGACGCCGGCAUCCAGUCCAUCCUGACGGGUUUUGAGUACAACGUCGCGGUCCAGACCUUCACGUUCUGCAUCGAGGACGGCGUCUUCGCGCGCAUGCCGACGCCGUCGCCGACCGUCUCGCUGCCGCCGACCUUCGCGCCGUCGCCCUCGCCGACGGAGCAGCCGACGUCGGCGCCGUCGUCGAUCCCGACGCCCGCGCCGACGCUGCACCCCUCGCUGGCGCCGACGCCCGCGCCGUCGCCACUCCCGUCGAUGCUGCCGUCGCCCGCGCCGUCGCACAACCCCACGUCGGCGCCGUCGCGGGCGCCGUCGCCCGCGCCGUCCCAGCUGCCGACGCUGGCCCCGUCGCCCCUGCCGUCGAUGCUGCCGUCGCCGUCGCCCACGACGGUCCCCACGGCCGCGCCUACGCCGUCGCCGUCGCCGCAGCCCUCGCCCGCGCCGACCCAGGGCCCGACGCCCCAGCCGUCGCCGCUGCCCACGCUGCUGCCCUCGCCCUUGCCCUCGCCCUACCCGUCCGUGGCCUGCCCCCUGACGAGCCCGCCGAACGUCUUGAUCUGGAAUCGCUGGCUGCCGUCGGGCGAGGACUGGGCGGGCGUCGUCACGGCGCGCUAUGAUAACGACGGCAACGUCGUCGAGCAGCAGGUCGGCGCGCGACCAGAUAAGGAGUUCGAGUGCGUGCCCUGCGACCAGGGCUGCUUCGAAUUGAGAUUUACGUUCUCGGCGGCGAAGCAGGCCGAGUCCCACCUCAUGGGCUACGAGAUCGGCACGCCGACCAACAGUAUUAGUACGAGCUUCGAGGGCGGCCUCGCCGAGGAGUCCUACUAUUGGUGCAUCGACAAGUGCCAGCUCGACCGCGUGCCGACGCAGAGCCCGACGCUGUCCCUGGCGCCGUCGCCGGAGCCGUCGGCAGCGCCUUCAUCAAUGCCGAUGCCGGCGCCUACAUCGAUACCGACGCCCAUGCCCGUGCCCGCGCCUACAUUGAUACCGCGACCGGGGCCGACCCGGUUCCCGACGCUCAUGCCCGUGCCCGCGCCUUCCCUGGUACCGCAACCGGGGCCGACGCCGGCGCCGACGCCGACGCCGUCAUUACGGCCGACGCCGCGCCCGACGCCCGGCGACCCCUCGCCGCGGCCGACGGCCGGCACGCUGCGGCCGACCUACUCCCAGGAGCCGUCGCCGGCGCCGACGCCGAUGCCGACGCGCGCGCCGAUCCCGCGGCCGACGCGCGACCCGACGCUGCGCCCCACGCCGGAGCCGUCGCUCGAGCCGACGCGCGCGCCGACGACGGCCCAGCCCCUGCCGCAACCCACGCCGCGGCCCACGCCCGAGCCCACGCCCUUUGUGGGCAACCCGACGGCGUCGCCGGUCUUCGCGCCGACGCCAAAGCCGUCUCCCACACCGACGCCGCGGCCGUCGCACGUGCCGACAACGGCGGCGCCCACCGUCCUGGCGACCCUCGCCUGCGCCCUGCAGGACGACGAGUUCUGCAACCCCGGCACGUGCCCGGACGUGCUGGUCGGCGUCUUCGGCGACUGCCCCGACGCGGCCGGUUUGCCGCGGUGCUGCGAGCUCGGCCCGGGCGCCGGGCCCGCGGGCGCGUACUGCAUCGACUGCGGGACCUGCGCGGAGGGCGUGGACACGGCCUGCUUCGGCUCGGAACGUCGCCGCCGCCUCGAGGACGCCGACGGUCAGAUCCGGGUCCUGCGCAUCCCGGGCGAGCCGACGCUUGCGCCGCUCCCGGCGCCGACGCCCGCGCCCUCGACGCCCGCGCCCUCCGUGGCGCCCGGCGCGCCGACGGCCCGGCCCGUCUUCGCGCCGACGCCGCGGCCCUCGGCGCUCCCGACGCCCGCGCCGCUCCCGGCGCCGACGCCGACGCCCUCCGCGAAGCCGACGCCCGCGCCCUCCGUGGCGCCCGGCGCGCCGACGGCCCGGCCCGUCUUCGCGCCGACGCCGCGGCCCUCGGCGCUCCCGACGCCCGCGCCGCUCCCGGCGCCGACGCCGACGCCCUCCGCGAAGCCGACGCCCGCGCCGUCCGCGACGGCCGGCGCGCCGACGGCCCGGCCCGUCUUCGCGCCGACGCCGCGGCCCUCGGCGCUCCCGACGCCGGCGCCCGCGCCCAAGCCGACGACGGCGCCCUCGCACAAGCCGACGCCCGCGCCGUCCGUCGCGCCCGGCGCGCCGACGGCGUCGCCCCUCGCGCCGACGCCGCGGCCCUCGGCGCUCCCGACGCGCGCGCCGACCGUCGAGCUGGCCACGCGGUGCUCGUGCCCGACGGCGUUCGACAACGUCAUGGCCGAGGCGACGGCCAUCGAGGACUCGAACGCGAACAUCGUCAUGAGCGAGAACAACCUGGGCGGCCUGGGCCCCGACUCGGGCGCCGAGGAGAUCCGCCUCGAGGGCUACUACCGGCUGCCCGACGGCACGGUCCUGGACAUGGUCGUCCGCGUCAAGGACGGCUCGACGUACCAGUCCGAGGACACGUCGCAGAACGGCCUCUACGGCACGGGCAUGACGGCCCUGAUCAACGUCAAGGACGACACGAGCGUGACCGUGACGGUCUCGCUGGAGGCCUCGGUCGGCGACUUCGAGUUCGAGAGCCAGUGGUACAUGACGCUCUACGACUUCGACACGCAGAAGGACCCGGCCAAGCAGGUCGAGGAGGCCUGCAUCGACGACGACCAGUACGCGGACAUCGCCGUCGCGGACUGCGACAGCAUGCUGGUGACGCGGGGCCUGCCGAACUCGUGCGACGGCACGCGCACGGACAUCACGCACACGACGAUCGUGGCCCAGGCGGUCGGCUUCGGCUGCGACAACCCCCUGGAUUCGCACGACCUGACGACGAUCCAGUGCGCCGACUGCGAGCAGUGCGUCGACACGCCGUCGAACGCCCAGUACUUCCCCGUGAACCAGAAGGAGCGCGCCGUCAUGUUCCAGUUCCCCGAGGGCGCCGAGUCCUUCGACGUCACGUUCUCCGUGACGUGCACGGACUGCGUCUUCACGGGCGGCCGCGCCUUCCACAUCGGCACGACGUCGAACCUCUGCGAGGAGGACACCCCCGCGCCGACCCUCGCGCCCGUCCCGCAGCCGACGCCCCGGCCGUCGAUACCGCCGCCGACGCCGCGGCCCUCCGUGUCGCCGGCGCCGACGACCUUGCACACCUGCGGCUGCCCGACGGCGUUCGACAACGUCAUGGCCGAGGCGACGGCCAUCGAGGACGCGAACGCGAACAUCGUCAUGAGCGCGAACAACCUGGGCGGCCUGGGCCCCGACUCGGGCGCCGAGGAGAUCCGCCUCGAGGGCUACUACCGGCUGCCCGACGGCACGGUCCUGGACAUGGUCGUCCGCGUCAAGGACGGCUCGACGUACCAGUCCGAGGACACGUCGCAGAACGGCCUCUACGGCGACGGCAUGACGGCGCUGGUCAACGUCAAGGACGACACGAGCGUCACGGUCACCGUGUCGCUGGAGGCCUCGGUCGGCGACUUCGAGUUCGAGAACCAGUGGUACAUGUCCCUGUACGACUUCGACACGCAGAAGAACGCGGACCGCCAGGUCGAGGAGGCCUGCAUCGACGACGACCAGUACGCGGACAUCGCCGCGUUCUGCGAGGCGCUCACCGUGACGCGGGGCCUGCCGAACUCGUGCGACGGCACGCGCACGGACGUCACGCACACGACGAUCGUGGCCACGGGCGUGGGCUUCGGCUGCGACAACCCGCUCGACGCGAUGGACCUCGGGACGAUCGAGUGCGCGGACUGCCAGCAGUGCCUGGACCAGCCGAGCAUCUCCCAAUAUUUCCCCGUGAACCAGAAGGAGCGCGCCGUCAUGUUCCGGUUCCCCGAGGGCGCCGAGUCCUUCGACAUCACGUUCUCGGUGACGUGCACGGACUGCGUGUUUACGGGCGGUAGAGCUUUCCACAUCGGCACGACGUCGAACAUGUGCGAGGCCGACGCGAGGCGGCGCCUCGCGAACGUCAAUUAUCUGGAUGAGGCGCCCGUCAACUACCUGGCCGAGGCGCCGCCGCACUACGUGCGCGCGCGCGUGCUGUACGUGCCCGGCGAGCCGAGCGAGAUGAGGAGGCGCAUGGCCGAGCUCCAGUCGAGCUUCCCGCCCUGCCCGGCCUACGAGCACUGCAUGCAGCUCGUAGCCGGUUUGACGCACGGCGAGGCGACGCAACUCGAAGGCGCCGACGACGUCCAAUUAGAUCCCGGGAGUAUCGCGGACUACGUGGGCCAGCACGUCGUCAAGAAGCUGACGGAGGACUAUAACGUGCCCGCCGAGGCCAUCACGGACACGUUCUUUGGGAUCUACGGAGGCGUCAACGCGACGCCCUUCCCGACGAGCGCGGGCUGGAAGCCCUACCGCAAGACGGACAAGGGCGUGGACGCGGCGGCGCUGGGCGGCGGCAUCGCCGCGGGCGUCGUCGUGCUCUUCACGAUUCUCUGUUCGCUCGCCGGCUUAGCGAGUGGCCACGCGAUGGACUGGAAGGACUGGCUGCAGCUCGAGGUGGCCUGCCUGGCGUCUUCUCUAGACUACGCCUUUGCGCUGGACGCCUAUAUUCAGGGCGUGCCCGUCGCCUGGUGGGGCCUGUCGAACAUCAUCUCGAUGAUUAGGUUUAUCGUGGCUUUAACUACUUUAGACAAGGCCAUCCGGCAGCGGGUCCACGAGGUCGGCUUCGACCAGGAGCUCAUGGACCUGGCCGGGCCGGGGCCCUACGCUUACUUGCGGGCUUGUUUCGUCGGUACGCUCGCGUGCACCCAUGCUCUAGAUUUGGCAAGGUUACUUGACAUCCCGCAACUAGAAGAAAUAGACCACCCGGGCACGAUGUGGGUCGACCUCAACGCGCAUUUGACGCAGCUCAUCCUCAAGGUGGGCUUCAUGGCCGUGCUGGGCCACACGAACUACGGCGUGGCCAAGAUCGCCAUGGUCGGCAUUGUGUUUGACCUCGCGAGCGUCGCGGACCUGGUGCACCGACGGCUGCACCCGCGGCGGCGGCGCCCGCGGCCGAAGCCCGAGGAGAUCGUCAAGGACUUUACGUCCAUCGAGGUCGAGACGGAGGAGAGCAACGCGAUCGACGAGGACGCCUUCCAGGCGCACUGCGCGGCGGAGAUCGCGGCGGGGCGCAUGCACGCGCCCCAUUCGCCCCGGCGGGCCGAAGGUUUGGAGAUGGAGAAGAAGUCUAUUGUACAGAGGAUCUGCGACUGGUGCCGCCGCGAGGAGGACAUCCUCGCCGACAAGCUCUCGGACCAUUCGAGCUUCGACGACAUCGCGGCGGGCGAGGACAUCGGCGAGCCCCUGCUCAAGCCGAAGCGCCACUCGUUCGCGCGGCGGUUACUAUCUUUUGUGACAGAAGAAGUGUCGGACGAGCUGGCCGAGCACAACAUCGGGAGGAAGCAGACGGGGCCGACCUGGGGCGACCUCGACGACGAGGGCGGCGGCGGCGAGGAAGCCGGCGCCGCGGAGGAGAAGACGGGCGAGGAAAAAGACGAGCCCGACGACGUCGUCGUCGUGCCGGGCUCGGGCGCUUUGUCUGAGGACGACGCGGGCUUCAACGAGGCCUUGUUGGCAGCCAAAGUCCGGGCCGCCGCGCCAACAUCUCAAAAUGCCGGCCUCGACGAGGACGACGCCCUCGUCAACGAGGCGCUGCUCGCGGCCAAGGUCCGCGCCGCCGGCGCGCCAUCCCCAAGACCUGCCAGGCCCGCUUGGCAGGUCGACGCGACGUCCGACGCGCCGGCGCACCAGGGCCAGGCGUUGGACGAAGACGACGCCGGCUUCAACGAGGCACUGCUCGCGGCCAAAGUCCGCGCGGCCGCCGACGAGGAUGUGCCGCGCGACCUACCGCGCGACCAGCUGCGCGCGGCCGUGGCGCGCGCCGAGGAGCUGGUGGCGCGGUCGCGGGGCCAUCCGGAGGAGCCGCGCGCGAGAGAGCUCCUGGCGGAAGCCAAGGCCGAGCUCGCGCGCCAGGAGGCGCCCUCGCCCGCCGCCAAGGUCGCGCCAGCGGCGACACCGCCGGCCUCGCCUCCAAUCCGCCGCGAGGAACCCACCUCCCAGGCGGCGCCGGCCACGCCGGCCGCCGCCGCGCCCGUGCGCCACCACCGCCGCAAGGCGAAGGCGCCCGCGCCGGCCGCCGCUGCGCGCCCGGGCAGCGCCUACUCGCCCGCGCCGGCCGCCGCGCGCCCGGGCAGCAGCUACUGGGCCCAGCGCGCCGCCGACGCGCCGCCGCCGCCGCCAACGCCGCCGGCGCCGCCGCCCGCCGAGCCGCAGUACCGCUCGGACACGCCGACGCGCCAGACGCUCGCGACUGUGCGCGAUGCGACCGCGCCACCGCCCCAGGCGCCGCCGCGCGCCUGGGCUACUGGAGCUGCCGCCGUUCGCGACACGUCGCGGACGCCGCGGCCGCCGUCCUACGCGGGAACCUCGCGCACGCCGCCACGCGGCGUCGCCGAGUCCAAGUCCUCGGAGCCGGGCGAAGACUUCUUGGCGGACAUGCGCGAGGCGGCGUCGCCGACGCCUGCGCCGGCGCCGGCGCGCCGACGCACCGGCGGCGCGCGCGAGGCGGCGUCACCGACGCCCGCGCCCGCGGCGCCGACGCUGCGGCCGACGCCGCGGCGCCGCGCGGCGCCGGCCGACGACCCGCGCCUGGCGCAGUACCGCCGCAUGCUGCUGAUGCGGCUGCCGCGCGGCAUGGUCGAGGCGCAGAUGCGCGCGGACGGCCUCGACCCGGCGCUACUGGACCGCGACGCGACGCGCGACGGCCUCGCCGACGCGUCGCACAUGGACGCCGAGCUCUAGCUAGCUCGCGCGCACCCAAUUCAUUCACGACCCCUCUCCCCCCUUAACAGCACGUGAA